UCUUUGUGCAUCUUCCACCAACCUGACCUCCACUUCCACCUCUCGAUACGAAUUUGUCGCAUCAUGUCCACGCAAUCCCUCACGGCUCGGCUGCCUUUCGCAUGGUUUGUGUUUCGCAAAAUGCUUGGAAUUUCCUUGGUGCUUCUCGAAUAACAGUUUCGUUGUCGUGCCUUCUCCCAGUAUACCUGCUUCUCUCCGAUUAUACUCUGUCUUUUUGUGAUAAGGCGUCCCAGCCUUGUCAUCAUUUUGACUCGCCACCUACAGGCGUUGUGAUUACUGCCUACCUCCAAAUCUGUUGCACUGUUGUGAGCCUCAUCUGCCUCCUUACAAUCUUCCUGUCGAGACUGUGCCUGGAAUGCCUCGAACUUCCCUUCCUGCGCACUCAUGAAGGAGGAUGCAACCUCGAUACAGUCGUGUGCGAGAAACCGCCUUUGAUCUCUACACCGAGCGCGAUGCCGUUGCUUGGUACAUCACAGCAAUCGCACUCGUUUCAUCAUGGAUUGCGCUGGCAGGCUACAUGAUCUUCGCGCUCAUUUUUACCUCUGACCAGUCCAACACCAAGGUCUCUCGAACCGUUCUUACGAUCCUCGCCUCAAGCUUCCUCGUGAUCGGCUAUGGCGCAAUCGCUGCAACAGCCUUCUACAGCCGCAGCCUCCUCUUCCUCUACGAUGUGGCCCUCUUACCGAUCCUUGCAUCCUCUGUCAUGGGCAUCGUCGUCACCGUUCUGAAUCAUGCCUUGCAUAGAAAAUUCGCAGCCACGAAUAUUUAUAUCUACGUCCCUCUUGCGACAGCAUCCACAACAACGAUUGUGUCCGCGGUGCUCGCCUUGAUCGUACACCGGAGGAUAUCCAAGAUCAAGAGACUAGACAAAGAAAGGAGAAGACACGUCCCGAGGUGGGAAAGAGCCAGCGUUGCCUACGGAGACGUCGCUUCUACGACCGAGCUCUUACCUAUCGAUCCUCGUAUGAGCAUACCUGAAGACGAGGCGCAGCGGCAGCAGCUUCUGCGUCUUCUGCUGAAACGAGAGAAUGCACGCUCUCCAGCAAUGCCUGGCCCGGCGAGCACGUACAAGAUCACCUUACCUGGGGAGGAAGGAUCUAGUGGGUUACAGGUGGUGUCGCCUGACUUUCGGCCUCGAAGUGGCAGCCUCCCGAAUACCAGCAAAUGGAAUCUUAUGAGCAAGGUCACUCGAGAGCGAAGUCCACCUGUGGAAACGUUCAAGGAUCAUAGAGAGCGUCGGCGAGAAGAGAUCGAACGGACAUCAGUCUAUUUGUCGACUCCACGAGCUGAUAGUCCAUGGGUGCAUCCAUCAGACGCGUCUUUUCCUUACCAGUCGCAGACAUGGACACCCUCUACGCGGUAUGCAUAAGCCGACUGAGUGGAUGUUUUGUUCAUUUAGCGUGGCGCUGAGGAUGUUACUUAUGACCACGGAAUCUAUGUGAAAUUGAAUUAAGUGUAUGUAAAAGACGAUUUCUGCGCGAUAUGCGUGUGAAGCAUGGAAAAAAUAAUCUAUCUGUAUGAUGAUUUCGGCUGGAUUGGUUGAUAA